AUGGGCUCUGAAAGCAAGUACCAAUUGUUUAACAUUAUUUCAAAACGUCGUUAUGCCAAUGCAAACCAUUUGACAGCGCUUUAUUCAAUGCGGAGUUCAUUAUUUUAUUUACUUUUGGCUUUAAUGUGUUUUCCUGAUAUUCAACUACCAAUUGAUGUUAGAUCUAUUUCAUUUACAAUACAUUUACGCGAAACAUGUCUUACAUUCAUGUUCUUGGUAGCUACUGAAGCUUUAUUAAAAUGGAUAGAUAUUCAAUUUGUUAAAGUUGUUUAUUUGAAUCGUGAUGAUGCAAAAUAUUUUGGAGUGACUGACCAUGAAUCUGGUUUUAUUAUAUCGAAUAAGAACAGUUCCAUUAUACAAAAACAUUCAUGGUUAGACAAUAUUUAUUGUUUACUAAAUACAUUGCAUACUAAAUCUAUAUUAACAUUGUUUUAUAAUGAGAAUUCAUCAAAUAAUACUGUUUCUCAAAUAAAAGAAAAAAACCGUCGACAACUCACAGAAUCACUUGUCACAGCUUUUCAUAAAACAGCAACAACUCCACAAACACCCAAUGUCGAUCGUACAAUGUUAAUUGAUGAUCGUACUCAAAAUGUUUAUGAAACUCAAUUAUCAAAACUUGAAUCUGAUCACAAUGAUGCGCGACUAUCACGUCAUACGAGUCCAGUAAAAGACAUGGAUAUUGACUACAAUCUGGAUGAUAUCAAACAUUUUCGUUAUCAACAAGCUGAAAGUCCAACAACUGAGUUUCCAAGACAAACAGAUGGAUCAAAUAAUUCAGGACAAAAUCGUCUGAUAUGGCGUCCAUAUGAUUGUUUACAGGUUGGUUUGAUUCAAAAACGGCAGUAUAUGCGCAUGUGGUUAACUUUUCGUUUAUUUGAACAAUUAAUAAAUAAAAUUAAUACGUUCAAUUAUCUUUUAGAGCAAACUGGUUGCGAUAUGUUUAUUGGAGUUAAUCCAAUUAAUGAUAUUAAAUGUGUGUUAUCGACACAAACUGACGAACUCAAACGAUUAACACCAUACCUUGAUUGGACACAUGAACAAAAUUAUGUUGUACGAAGAAUGCGAGGUAUAAAUUAA